CGUCUAUGAUCGUCGAAACUAGAAUGCAAGGGUACUUAUUUCUUUUGAAUGUGCAGGUCAGUGUUCGUUCGGCCAAUCACACGCUUUGGAACAAUAUUUCUUGUACCCAGUGGCCAACUGGAUUGAGCUUCAGUAUAGAAGCUCCUAUGACAGUAACUCUUAUAUAAACCCAGUAGCAAAGUGGAUUAAGUUUCACUAGGAUAGUUUCUCAAGCUCGCUAGGCUCUGGGAACAUCUUGUAUUUAGUGGCUUGAGCCUCGAGUAAAGCAGAUUUACACUUGUGUUCGUGCGUCCUUAGAGAAGCACGUGGUUUUAAGCGUACGUACGAAGAAACUGGUAAGCGUACAGGCUAGAACCAUACGUCUCUGUAUUAAAAAUAUUACGUGUACACAUCGAGAGGCUGAAGAGCAAGCGAUAGUCUGUACCACGAUGGUUCGUGCCCUUCCCGCGGUGCUGCUAGCUGCCGCGGGUCUGGGACUUUUGACCUCUGCCGGCACCCUCUUCCGUGAUCCACGGCAAGCUGAAUUUUUUAAUUCUAUGAAGAACUACGAAUUGGUAAUCCCACAAAAGGUGACAUCUGACGGAAAUUUUUUAAGUCACCAUUUGCCUCAUCACUACUUAUGGAAUAAUCUUCGCAGAAGAAAACGGUCACCCAGCAACGAUAUUGUGCACUAUCGUAUAAAUCUGGCUCAGAAUGACCUAUAUUUGGAACUACAGCCUAACUAUAAGUUGUUUGCUCCAGGUAUGAUUAUCGAACGGCGGUCAUCAAAUUUAAAUAAUACUAAAAACACACAUAUGAAGUUAGGCCCAGGUUCCAUGUGCUGGUUUCAAGGUACUAUACGAAACGUCAGUGACUCCCAGGUAGCCAUGUCAGCAUGCGAUGGACUGAGAGGAGUUAUUCGUUUAGAAGAUGAGGAUUACCUUAUCGAGCCGGUCAAAAGUCACGACCUCUCUGAGGACGUAAGGCACCCUCACGUUAUCUACAAGCGCUCUGCUUUAGACCCUAGGCUUGAUGGAUCCAAAGGACUUUGGCCAGAUAACUUAGAAGAAUCAAACUGUGGGAUUAAGGACAAUAUAGAUUCUGUUCUGAAAGAACAUGAACUGUGGGAAGCUUUACAGAACAAGAAAACAAGACGAAGACGUUCUAUAAGCUUGGAAAGAAAUGUGGAAACCCUAGUGGUGGCGGACAAGAUGAUGAUGGAAUAUUACUCCAAUGAAGACAUUGAAACAUACAUUCUGACAGUGAUGAACAUGGUGUCUUCUUUAUAUCACGACGCCAGCAUCGGAAAUGCCAUUAACGUAGUUCUGGUGAGGAUGAUUUUGCUCGAGAAUGAUGAGAAAGAGCAAGAAGAAGAUUUGGAUAUAAGCCAUCAUGCGGAGAAGACAUUGAAAAGUUUCUGCCAGUGGCAGAAAUAUGUAAACCCGAGAGAUGAGAACCACCCCAAUCAUCACGAUGUUGCCAUUCUUCUUACAAGAUAUAAUAUUUGUACAAGACUCAACGAACCGUGUAGCACAUUAGGCCUAGCUGAGGUGGCAGGGAUGUGUCAACCUCACCGUAGUUGCAAUGUGAAUGAAGAUACAGGUCUCGCUUUGGCCUACACUAUAGCCCAUGAAAUGGGGCAUAACUUUGGGAUGAGUCAUGAUAGUCCAAACAACGGCUGUCAAGCUUCUCACGGGGAACGUCAACACGUUAUGUCGCCCCACUUAAUCUCUGACACCAGUCCUUUGGUUUGGUCCAAUUGUAGUCGAAAUGAAAUUACUAAAUUUUUAGAUCGCGACUGGGGACGUUGCUUGGACGAUGAACCUUCCGAUCACGGUUUCUCGUUUCCUCAGCUGCCGCCAGGGGCUAUGUAUGAUGCAGACCAUCAAUGUCGGCUGCAAUAUGGAUCAACAGCAGAACACUGUGAGGGAAUUGAGGAUGUUUGUCAGACAUUGUGGUGCCGAAUGGAUAAACGCUGUGUAACCCGCUUGGAGCGUGCAGCAGAAGGAACUAUCUGUGGACGAAACAUGUGGUGUUUCAUGGGCAAAUGUACUACAAUUGGUGAAAGACCAGAAGCUGUAGAUGGAGAGUGGGGUCAGUGGAAUUCUUGGUCUGAAUGUUCCCGGACAUGUGGUGCUGGUAUCACACACUCAGAAAGACACUGCGACAAGCCAUAUCCUGCAAAUGGAGGCAGAUACUGUAUUGGGGAAAGGAAACGCUAUCGAGUAUGCAAUACCCAAUCUUGCCCUGAGGACUCUUCUAAUUUCCGUGCUGUCCAAUGCAGUCGUUAUAAUGACGUACCUUACAAAGAAAAGUUGUACUUAUGGCUACCUGUGGCAACUCCAUUGACACCUUGUCAGUUACAUUGUAAACCGGAAGGGGAGUUCUUUUCUGUAUUACUGGCGGACACCGUUGACGACGGGACUCCAUGUAAACCUGGAACACGAGAUAUGUGCAUUAACGGCAAGUGUAGGCACGUGGCGUGUGACUGGGGCAUUGACUCCGAAGCUCAAGAAGACCGGUGUGGUAUCUGUCAUGGGGAUGGGACGCACUGUCUUACCGUGAGGGGAGAAUUUAAACAGAUACACGGACUUGGUUAUGCAGAAAUAGUGACCAUCCCCAAGGGAGCUAGAAACAUACGCGUGGAAGAAAUAGCGGAAGCUAACAAUUACAUCGCUGUUCAGGAUGAAGAUGGAGAAUUCCAGUUGAACGGUGAUUGGUUCAUUCAGUGGAGUGGGGAGUACAUGGCUGGCGGAACUACGUUUUACUAUAACAGGGUAGGAGAGAAGGAGAGUCUACAUGCUCCGGGUCCUGUCAAAAGUAACAUCCGCAUUCUGCUACUAUUUCAGACGGAAAACCCAGGUAUUACUUUUGAGUUCACAGUGCCUAAUAAAAACGCAACAAGGAAACCAGAAUUUCAUUGGGAGUUUACUGAUUGGUCUGAUUGUUCCGCUACCUGUGGAGGAGGAUUCCAGAUUUCAAGACCUAAGUGUAUGGAAAAAGAGGCUGGACUAGUAGAAAGCAAAUAUUGCAAUGUCACAAAUAAGCCUUCUGACAUCACUCGCACAUGUAAUAAACAACAAUGUCCAGCCAGAUGGUGGACAGGACCCUGGCAGCACUGUUCAGUUACUUGUGGGGAACGAGGUAUAAGGCAGAGGACAGUAAUUUGUGUCCGUUCCCUUGGACCGGAUGAGCAAAUAGCCCUUUUGGAGGAAGAAUGCAAAGACUUGGAAAAACCUGUGGACCAAGAACAUUGUCAUCAUAAGCACCCAUGUCCUGGGGAUGCUCAGUGGGCAUAUAGUGAAUGGUCAAAUACUUGUAGGGAUGAUCCUUGUAACCACCAGACAAGACAAGUGUAUUGUAGUCUGCCAAAUGGACCUUGUGACAAGAAACACAAGCCACCUUCCCGCAGACAGUGCAGCAACAUCACGUGUGGAAUAUGGGUGGUGAGUGACUGGUCUCAGUGUUCUGUCAGCUGUGGAGGAGGACUACGAUUUCGUAAGGUCACUUGUCAAGGAGGUCUCACUUGCCAUCAGGCUACAGAACCUACUGCAUUUAUGGAAUGCCAGGUCCAUAAUUGUCCUCCUGAUUCAGAGGAGAAAACAGAAGAUAGUAUCCAAACAGAAAAAACUGAGGAGACCUUCCCAGCAACUCUACCAGAAGAUAUUUCUAAUAACAUUGAAAUCCCAACAAGUCUACCAGAAGAUGUUUCUUAUAGCAAUGAAAUUCCAACAGAUGUACCACAAGAUGUUACUGAAAGAAAAGAAUUCCCAAAAAUUCUAACAGAGGGUGCUGCUAAUAAUGAGUUCCCAACAACUCAACUAAAAAGUAUUACAGACAAUAACAUUUUCCCAACUCCAUUAAAGGAAGAUACUGAUAGCAAUGACACAAAUACCAAAAUCUCAACAGGUGUGCAAAAUGAAACUCCUGGUACAACACUACCACCAAUUGAAGAUGACAAAGUAAAAGAUAAAAAUGAAACAAAAGAAGGCAUAAAGCAAAAGAAUCACAAGCACAGACAUAAUCACAACCGAAAACGAAAACACAAAAAACGUAAGAACAACAGACCACAUGGUGUGGCCAAAGAUCUAGUAAAUGCAACAUUUUAUGAAGUCUUUAAUGACCAACAUUCUGGUGUGCUAACAGAGAAUACCAAAGAGACUACCAUUUCUGAGAAUCCCAGUCAGCAAAAGACUGUACGGAAGGAACCAGCAAUCAUACCAGAUGAUGCAGAAGAUGAUCAGGAUGACUCUUCUGAGGAAAACAAGUAUCAAUGGAGGAUUGGAGUUUGGAGCCAGUGUUCUAGAGUUUGUGAUGGUGGGAUCAGGACACGUGAGGCCAUGUGUCUUGACACAAAGACUAGGCACAUGGUUGUACCUGAGCUGUGUACUGAUGAACAAAUGCCACAUAUAGAAGAGCCAUGUAACAUGGAACCCUGCCUGAAGUGGUUUUUAUCGGAAUGGAGUGCGUGCUCAGCCCAUUGUGGAGAGGGUAGGAAAUACAGAGAAGUCCAGUGCCCAAAACCUAAUACAUGCAACCCUGAAACCAAACCGAAAAUAGCCAUCAAAUGUUUUGACCGUCCUUGCUUAGAUUGGGUGGCUGGACCAUGGAGUAAAUGUUCUGCAACAUGUGGUGGAGGAUACCAAAUCCGCCAUGUGAAAUGUGUCAAUUUCACUUCAAACAAAAGAGCCACUGGUUGUGAUGCAGAAAACAAACCGUCACAUCGACAACCUUGUAACUCCGAUGAUUGCCCACUAAGUAACUCUGCAUUCAGUCAGUGUAAGGACAAGCUUGACAUGGCUCUAUGUAAAUCCUUACGUCAUAUGUGUUCCACUUGGUACUUUAAAGUUAAGUGUUGUCAGACCUGCAGAAGCCAUAGGAAUCCUCUGCUAUCCAGAAGACGUGGAUUUACAAGAUACAGAAGGGUGUUGUAGCAGUAGAAUUGUGUAGCAGGAAAUGAGAUGCUUUAAAGCACUUAUGCAGUUGUGAACUUAUUUGUGAUGUCAUUCAUUUUGGAUUUUCAGGAUGUGCAUGGAAUGGAAGUGAAAAUAAUAAUUAAAAAAACAUUAAUAAGCAUCACAACUAACAAAUCCACUUUAUUUACACCUAACAACUUUAAAUACAACUUUUUCUUUUGAAAGACUUUUUUUUUUAUGAACUCACCAAUUGGACUGUGUUACUUUUAUAGAUUAGUUUACCAAACAUACAUGUGACAGAAGAAAAAAUUAACCAAUCAUGCUACUAAUGUAGAAUGCAAAGAGUACUAACAAACAACAAAAGUAAAGAUUUUUCAAAUUCCAAAGAAUUUGAAAUAGUUGUAUAAUGUUAUCAUUUGUCUUUAUCUCACUAAUGUUUAUUAACCAACAUUGUAGAGAAUCUCAUUCAACUUGGGCAACAAACUUCUUCAAGUAUUCCUAAAGUUUGUUAUACCAACAACUUCAGCUCCAAAGGCAGAACAAAUUAUUAGAGACAUGAAUCAACUGUAUCUGCCUGCAUAUACUUCAUAUGCAGGUAUCUUGGUAUUUGUACGAUGUGACAAAGACCAGGCAGGUAUUCACAUGGUUCCAUACUACCAUCACUUGGCAGAAGUGUGAUGAUCUGAUGUUCAGUGCUACCCUGAUGCUUAGGUUGUGAUAAACAGAAUGUUGUUUUAUGUGUUAAACAUGGCUUAAUUGUUAUUAUGGUUUUAUAUUCUUUAAGAAUUGUAGUAGUUUGGUGCCCAGGUUGUGUGGUGCAGCACAUUAUCAAUGUAAUGUCCUCAACUUUCUCUGUAUAUUGCAGUAAAAUUGACUCCUUUUGAAAAAUAUUUUUUACUUAGUUGCUAGUGGAGUUACAUAAGAUAGUUCCCUUUCUUUUUCUGUGUUAUAAUGUACUGAAUUUCCUUGAAAUAUUAGGACUGUGGAAUAAAUAUAAGAGGUUUUGGAAACUUAACUAAACAUUUUACACGCUAAUUUUAAUUCUGGUAAUAUUCUUGAAACUGAGGUGUUUUUUUUUUGGUUUUUCAGCUAGUGUUUUAAGCUAUGAACACUGCCAAAUGAAAAGAGAGUUGAGAAAAUUCAUUAUACUUUAGUAAACAUUAUUUAUUUCAGCUUGUUAAACUAGCAAGUUAAAUCAACUGUAAUUGUGUUGUAUAAGUGUGGCAAGGGAAAAUAAUUGUUUGUGUCUACAUUGUGUUUACUUAGAACUUCAUAUUUAAUGUAGGUAAAUAAUUGAGAUUUUAAGACAAAAACUGGUACAGUUGACCUGUGGCAGCGAUAUUUCUAGUUAAACAUCCUAAAACAGAUUUCAACAAAGUUUCUUUUAACUUUCAUGAAAUACAUUAGUACUCUCUUAUCUUCGAUCAUUAUUAUGGUUAUGGGUGAAGCCUAACUUUGCUAAAUAGUUUUAAAAAAAUUAUUGAUAUAUUACUUGCUUCUCAGGUGCAUAUAUUUUAUCAUUAAAAUUGGCACAAAAAGCAUUUCUUUUGAAAGUAAAUUAGUAAUUCCUACGUGGAGAUUCUCUUGUAUGAAUAAAAGAGAAAAAUAAUGAUGAUUUUUUUUUUAGUAUUAAACAUUCAAAAACUGUGUUACUCAGGUUCAUUAUAAGGUAGUAAUGAUAACUGUUGAAAACAGUUUAUAAUCAUUAUUUCAGGACCUGAAUAAGUGAUUGAGAUCUAGUUUGCUUUCUUUUUCUAUUAUUUUAAGAUUUUAGAACAUAGUCUAAACAUGAACAAGUACAGUUGUAAAAAAAUUAAAGUCUAUUAUGGCAAUAUUUAAUAUGUAUCAUUUAUUAAGAAAUGAUUUAAAAGUUGUUUCUUAUUUAUAUAUCUUAUUUGCACUGAGGCAAUAUUCUUGGAAACUAAACUCGAAAUAUUACUUAAUUUUACAGAAAAGUGUUUACAUCAAAACUUAAAAAUUGCUUAUAAGCAUGAAAUCUUAUAAGCACAAGUAUGAUAUAUAUAUAUAUAUAUAUAUAUAAACAGAAUGACAUGCACAUUUUUUGUAUAUUAAUGUAUGAUGAUGUCACAGAUCAAUUUUUUUUGGUCCUGAAUAAAAACAACUCAACAGAUGAAAAUCAUGUAAUUCAUAAAACAAUAUAAUUUUCUCAAGCAGAAAACCUUGAUAUUGUAUGGUAAUUCACCUAGAUUUAACGUUAUUGCAUGUUAAUCUUAAAUUUAUUGAUAUUUACUGACCUAUAUAUAUAUGUAUUGAUUUGAAAAUUUUUUGUUCUAUUUCAGUAAUAUGUAUAAUGCUCAUGUAGGGUAUGUGUAAAUAGUUUAAACGAUUGUCAAUUGUUGGAUAAAAUAUAUUGUGCUUUAACUCUAUAGUUGUACCUUGUAAGGCGAGUUCAUGCUAGCAGCUUUAAUAAUGGUCAAUUUUAUAAAAUGGUUGGUAAAGUAUGGUCAUUUCUGCAUUUGUGAAUAAAGUUAGACAGUAUGUAGAUUAUAAGGAACAAACUCGUUUCCUUUAAAUAAUAAAACCAACUGUUCAAAAAAUAAGCGUCUGUUGGGUUUGAUGCGUCUAAACUAAACGAUGAGCACAUAACCAUGAACAACAGGGUUAUGAACAUCGAUACUUAACACUAAAAAGUCAUGGUCCCUCGCAAGAGCAGCUAGGCCUCUAUAACAGUACUUAACUUUUAAGCUUUGAGAAGAUUUUUGAAUUUAGUGUAAAGUCGCAACAUGUGAGAGUUCAUAUUUGUUCAUAGUUCAUUAG